AAGAAGAAGAGCUGAUUCCUGACGUCACUUUCUGACGUCGAAACCAGGAAGUACCGGUCUCACAUCACGGACAACCGAGGACAGCAGUGUGUUCUCCAUACUUCUUCAUAACUGUACCUUUGGAAAACUUCAGGCCGCUUCACUUAUCUAUCGAUAUGACAAUGACUGGUUUCUAAAGUUAAAAGUCUCACGUGCAGACGGAGGCUCACAGGUGUCUUGCCUCACAUGUAAAGCUGUCUCCAUUCACACUGGUCGUGUGUGUGUGUGUGAAGGGCAUGUCGGGGGCUGCAGUGCUGUUGGCUCUCCGGACCCUGCGUCCCCGGACACUGGCUGCGAUCUCAGGCAGGUUGGAGUGCGUCCUCCCGCCGGCUUCAUGGGUGUGUUACCCGCCGUGGAGUAGCUCUCCUGUCAGGACGCUGCAGGUCUGCCCCGCGCUAUGUGCCGGACACAACAAGUGGUCAAAGGUGAAACACAUUAAGGGACCUAAAGAUAUGGCGAAGAACAGGUUGUUUGGGAAGUUUAGUUUGAUGAUAAAGAUAGCUGUAAAAGAAGGUGGAUCCAACCCAGGCAUUAAUAAAAACUUGGCCAACGUGCUGGAGCAGUGCAGAAGCAAGAACAUGCCGAAUUCAUCCAUUGAGAAUGCAAUCAAGAAUGCGUCCAAACCGUCGUCCAUGCAUUUGUAUGAAGCUCGGGGGCCCGGUGGAUGUCUGCUGCUCAUCGAGGUACUGACUGACCACAGCGCACAAACGUUACAAGAAGUCAAUCGCCUGCUUAACAAGAACAGUGGGAAGAUAGCAGAUGGAGCUCGCCACAACUUCAUCAAGAGGGGGUUGGUGGUGGUGCCGGGCCAGGACGUCUCGACGGAGAGAGCUCUGGAGCUGGCCAUCGAUGCGGGAGCAGAAGAUGUCCAAGAGACCAAGGAUGAGGAGGAGCAGCCCGUCCUGCAGUUCAUUUGUGACGUAAUGGCCGUGCACAAGGUGCGGGCCUCAUUGGAGGAGCAGGGAAUGCAGAUUACGUCUGCUGGGUUGGAUUAUGUUCCCCGCAACGUCUUGUCUCUGGACGAGGAUCAGCUGGCUGCCGUUUCAAAACUAAUAGAUCUUCUCAGUGAAAAUCCAAAAGUAGUUCAAAUCUGGGACAACAUCCAGCCUGACAGCUGAGCACGGCUCCCGGACACUUGGUGGACACUGAACACGUUGCAUGUUGAAUAUUUGAUUUCAAAGAGAAAGAAAACCUGUACUGCUCAUCAUUAUAAGUAUAAAAGUGUAUUGGCCAUUGUGAUGCUUUCUGUGUGAUCCUUAUCAAAAUGUAAAGCGAUAUUUUCAGACUGCACGUACUAGAAGCUCGUUAACCGCCGGCCUUGAGCAUACAGAAGAUUUGUUUCAUACUCAAAGAACUUCUGGAUGCUUUAAAAACACAGUUUGCCAAGUUAGUCUUUUAAGAGUUGGCUAAUCGUUCAUCGGAUCCGAGAGGAAUUAAAAUGUGGAAUUUAACUUUUAUUAUUGAGGAAGGAAGAAAUGUUUAUGUAUGAAACAAUGUGUCAAUUUAAAUUGCUUUUUCAUUUAAAGAUACUGAAUAAUAUUUUAUUCAAUGACCUCUUUAAAAAGUAUUAAAAAGACUCCUUCUCUGUCAUAAUCUAUGAAUAUGCAAAUAUGUUUUAAUUUAAAAAGUUUAACUUUUGAUUAAAAUGUCUCCUACUUCACUGAAAAGUCCAUUUUUAGUGUACGUGCUCUGAAGGAUUCUCGUUUUCACUUCACCGAUUGGAUUUUGACAUCGAGUGAUUGGCUGCGAAACUACUUGUGAUGAAUCAUGUUGUACGUAUACAUAUAAAUAUGGAGUUUAAGCAUUUCCCUCUUUCAGCUGAUGAAUGUAAAAAGAUUCUUCUUCUGAAGUGACAUCAUUCUGCACAGUGAAGCUCAAACAUCCAAGAGAAGUAAAUGUUAUA